CCCGGAUCCCUGCAGCUGCAGCGCCGCGGUCCUGGCCCGGACGCCUGGGCAAGUUCUCCAGAGUUAGACGCGAAGUUCGGGCGCCGCGCGGGCCGAGCUGCCCCUGUGCGCCCCCGGCGUCCCCAGUGCGCCCAGCCCGGCCGGGGGCGCCGGUGACCCUCCCGUGCCAGCCAUGUCGUCCAUCCUGCCCUUCACCCCCCCGAUCGUGAAGCGCCUGCUGGGCUGGAAGAAGGGCGAGCAGAACGGGCAGGAGGAGAAGUGGUGCGAGAAGGCGGUCAAGAGCUUGGUGAAGAAGCUUAAGAAGACGGGGCAGCUGGACGAGUUGGAGAAAGCCAUCACCACGCAGAACGUGAACACCAAGUGCAUUACCAUCCCCAGGUCACUGGAUGGCCGGCUGCAGGUGUCCCAUCGGAAGGGGCUCCCCCAUGUUAUCUACUGCCGCCUGUGGCGAUGGCCCGACCUGCACAGCCACCACGAGCUGCGGGCCAUGGAGCUGUGUGAGUUCGCCUUCAACAUGAAGAAGGACGAAGUGUGCGUGAAUCCUUACCACUAUCAGAGAGUAGAGACGCCAGUUCUUCCUCCAGUGUUGGUGCCACGCCACACCGAGAUCCCGGCCGAGUUCCCCCCACUGGACGACUACAGCCAUUCCAUCCCGGAGAACACUAACUUCCCCGCUGGCAUUGAGCCCCAGAGCAAUAUUCCAGAAACCCCGCCUCCUGGCUACCUGAGUGAAGAUGGAGAAAGUAGUGACCACCAGAUGAACCACAGCAUGGACGCAGGCUCUCCAAACUUAUCCCCGAAUCCAAUGUCUCCGGCACACAAUAACUUGGACCUACAGCCAGUCACCUACUGUGAGCCGGCCUUCUGGUGCUCCAUCUCCUACUAUGAGCUGAACCAGCGAGUUGGGGAGACAUUCCACGCAUCACAGCCGUCCAUGACCGUGGAUGGCUUCACUGAUCCCUCCAACUCAGAGCGCUUCUGCCUGGGCCUGCUGUCCAAUGUCAACCGGAAUGCGGCUGUGGAGCUUACAAGGCGGCACAUUGGCAGAGGCGUGCGGCUCUACUACAUCGGAGGGGAGGUCUUUGCGGAGUGCCUCAGUGACAGUGCUAUUUUUGUCCAGUCUCCCAACUGCAACCAGCGCUAUGGCUGGCACCCUGCCACUGUCUGUAAGAUCCCCCCAGGCUGCAACUUGAAGAUCUUCAACAACCAGGAAUUUGCUGCCCUCCUGGCUCAGUCUGUCAACCAGGGCUUUGAGGCCGUCUACCAGUUGACUCGCAUGUGCACCAUCCGUAUGAGCUUCGUCAAAGGCUGGGGAGCGGAGUACAGGAGACAGACAGUGACCAGCACCCCCUGCUGGAUUGAGCUGCACCUGAACGGGCCUUUGCAGUGGCUUGACAAGGUCCUCACCCAGAUGGGAUCCCCCAGCAUCCGAUGUUCAAGUGUGUCUUAAAGACACGGAGUGAAGGGAGCGGGUGAGGGAGGGAGGGCUUGGGGAAAACGGCCUUGGAAGAGAACUCCACCCAACUUGUUCUCGUUAAAGAACACAAAUUUCUCUCAACCAAGGCACCAACCUGUUUCUGAAACCACAGAAGAAAAUCCCAGGGAUAGAUUUUACGAACAGCUGUGUCUGCUGUGUACACGUGCCCCAGCUUGAAGGCCAAGUGAUGGCUUCUGAGCUGGUGGCUUGAGCUAACAGGUGGUAUGCUGCCACCUGACUCCUUGCUUAAUGACAGCGACCUGGGAUGUUGCAGUCUAAUGGGAAAGUGCCUUUCCCCGGGGCUGGAGCAUGGCGUUCACUCGUGGAUAAGAACUUCUAGUGGAGUAUGCCCUGUCCCACCGCUCUCACAGAGAGGGUGUACCUGGCGAACUGGAUGGCCUACCUUGGCGCUCUCCCCCGCCUCCGG